AUGGCGAGCUACACAUGGACGAGGCUAAGUGGCUUCUCAACCAAGGUUGCACCAUUGACUGAGUUGCUAAAUAAGAACAAGCCAUGGGUUUGGACGGAACAUUGUCAAAAAGCGUUUGAAGGCCUUAAGGUAGCUGUAAUAGAGGAGCCAGUCUUGGCAUUGCCUGACUUUGCCAAGACAUUUGAGGUGCACACAGAUGCCUCAUACUUUUCCAUUGAGGGUGUUCUAAUGCAGGAUAAACAUCUCAUAGCGUUUGAGAGCCGCAAUGAAGCUGAGUUACACGGUGCAAGAGAAGGAAAUGACUACCAUUAUGCAUUGCCUUUGUACAUAGCGACAUUAUGUGCUCGGGUCGAGGUUCGUGGUCAAGACCGACAAUCCGAUGCCUUGAGCUGUAAAGCCGAUCUUGCUACCAUCACUUCAUCAAGUUGGGACAUUCGUGAGGCUAUAAAAGAAGGCAUGCAUCAUGAUCCAGCAGCCAAACAGCUUAUCGAGUUAGCAACCAGGGCAAGACGAGACGUUUUUGGGUAA